AUGUCACUGCAAGAGCCCCCAACAACCCACCGGCUGGUCGUAAACCAAUCGGACAAACACUAUAGUGACUACGACAUCUACGACGACUUCGGCCUGGACGAACCGUACCACCAUCGUCCUGAGGCCUUCCUCGUCCCCAUCAUAUUUGGUAUCAUCUUCGUCGUCGGAAUCAUUGGCAACGUAACGCUAGUGAUCAUGUUCACUCGCAACAAAAGUCUACGGAGCGUACCCAACACGUACAUCAUCUCGUUGGCCCUGGGCGACCUUCUUGUGCUGCUCUUCACUGUUCCCUUCGUCUCGUUCAUCUACGUGCUGGAUUCUUGGCCAUUUGGCACCGUCAUCUGCAAGUUCAGCGAGUUCGUACGUGAGGUGUCGGUGGGGGUGACCGUCUUCACCCUCACGGCUCUCAGCGCCGACAGAUACAUGGCCAUCGUCUCGCCGCUGCCGAAGUCAGGAAGUCGCGUGACGGUGUGGACUGCCUUCAGCAUCUGGGUCCUGGCAGUGCUGCUGGCAACUCCAGUGGCAGUUUUUUCCAAUGUUGACGUCUUCCCCAAGUACCCUCCGUACCUAAACGAAACUUUCAUGGUGUGCUCCCCCUACCCCAUUUCAAUGGGUUACCUUUUCCCGAAAGUUAACGUCAUUACUAAACUGCUUGUAUAUUACGCUCUGCCGCUCUCCGCCAUCGCCACGUUUUACCUGCUCAUGUCACGACACCUCAUCAAGUCGGCCCACAGUAUGCCUGGUAAAGGCAUUCAAAAGCAAAUGCAAACGCGACGUAAAGUGGCGAAGGUCGUCUUGUGUUUUGUAUUUAUUUUUGCUAUCUGCUUUCUCCCUAUUCACAUCUUCUUAGUUUGGUUCUACUUCAACCCAGACUCUUUGAACGAUUAUAAUACUUUUUGGCAUGUUUUCCGGAUCGUUGGUUUUUGUUUGUCUUUCAUAAACUCAUGCAUUAAUCCGCUCGCUUUAUAUUUUGUGAGCGGCACCUUCCGUUUAUACUACAACGAAUACCUCUUUUGCUGCUGCAUUCACGAAAAUCAGCUCUCGGGUAGAGUUGUGUCUCAGAGGAUUGAAGGAUCACGUGGCAACCACACCAACCCGAGAGCAUCCAUCACGCUGAUGGUGACGCCUCUCGUUCGUCAACCUUCUAACUCGACGAUCGCGACCAUCUUGCCGCGCGGCAACUCCAGUGAAGUUCUUCUCAUGAAGUCCAACAAACAUGCGAUGUUGGACGCUCGAGACUUUAGAAGCCUUGGUGGCAGAGAUUCAAUUUCCUGACCUCGUAACUUCAGAAGGAGCGACUGUCAUAACACUUCGUUCCAAUGUUCAAACAACGCAGAAGUCAGUGCCUACUACGUGAAACAAGAUGAGGCCAUCCCAGCCAUGAUGACAUGUGAGCCUCACUCGAGGUCUCCAGAAGGCCAGGUCUACUUCAACUGUGACUUGAAAAGUCCACGCAUGGGAGUUCAGAAAUUCAAGUUCAAUAAAUCAUCAAAUUCUCGACGCUCGUUAGUGUUAGGAAGAAAACCGCCCAUUGCUGAGUGCAAGUCUGAGAGAAGCUCACUGUCGGACGCCAAUGCAAGUCCUUAUGACUAAAAUGGUAUCAU